AUGGCAUCGUCCAAGCCGUCUAGCCCUCGACUUCCACGUCUACCUGUUCCGGAUCUGCGGAAAACACUGGAUAGAUAUCUGAAGUCGUUACAACCCUUGCUCAAAGAAGAUGAAGCUCGUGGAGGCCUUCCCUUCGAAUUAAGCUACAAAAAGAGACUCGAAUGGGCCGCAGAAUUCGAAGAGGGCAUUGGGAGGACGUGUCAAAGACGCCUACUGGCACUUGACAGGACUUCGCCAUUCAAUUGGUUAGAUGACAAUUUUUGGAUGAAGAAAACCUAUCUAGAAUGGAGAGCUCCGCUGCUUAUCAAUUCAAAUUGGUGGCUGACGUUCAUAAAUGAUGAUCUUGUGCCCAAAAACGUUCUUCGCGAACAGCAUCUACACACUUGGGUAGGCGUCUCACCAUGGCAGGUAAGGCGCGCAGCUUGGCUUUUGCAUAGAGUCUUGGACUUCAAAGACCGUUUGACUACCCAAGAACUUUACCCAGAUACCACUCGUACAGGAAUAUGGCUUCGCGAAAGUACAGCCAAGAUGUUCAACAUUAGCCGCAUUCCUCAGGUUCACUGUGAUGCCCUCUCCGAAGUACCUCAGCCGUAUGAGCCCAAUGCUCGGAAAAUCGUGAUAAUGGUUCACGAUUUCUGUUAUGCUGUUGAAGUUUACGAUAGCCACAAUCGUCAAAUACCAGUCGAUGUAAUAGAGCAACGUCUUCGAGAAGUGGUAAAUGAUGUCUCUAAUCGCAUCGAGCGAGGAGAUGUAGCUGUGCCCGUUGGUGUACUUACUGCAGACGAGAGAGAUACAUGGGCAGCAAACUAUCAACGCCUUGUUUCGCUCUCAUCGACAAACGCCAGGACUCUUGCGACUAUUCAGCAGUCAAUAAUGGUCCUUAGCUUGGACCACUACACGCAUAACUCCGAUCCAUCGACACCGGCUGCCUUAAACUCGCAAGCAGAGAUGGACUCACAUCUGCAUAACAUACGGUCGUCUCAGAAUGCUCACAACAGGUGGUUCGAUAAAGCUUUUACGCUUAUCGUAGAGAGAAAUUCUCGUGCAGGAGCGAUGGGAGAGCACUCUCCAUGUGAUGCGCUAGUUCCAAGCAUCGUAGCUGAGUAUGCUGUCGUCGAGGGAAUCGACGAAGCUAUGUUUUCACGGACAGAUCCAACGUCAAGUACACCAAUUCGCCAGUCUGGUGGCUGGGAACGACUGGAAUGGGUUGUUGACCAGAAAAUCAAGGACGAAUGUCUCCGCGCGGAAAACCGAGCUAAGCUUCUCAUUGAUAACUCAGAUGACAGUGCGUUCUGGUUCACCGACUAUGGUGCCGAUUGGAUCAAAGACGUUGCACAGCUCUCUCCGGACGCUUACGUGCAGAUGGUGCUCCAGCUUGCGUGGUAUAAGUCUCGUGGCGAGUUCACCGCCACAUAUGAGACUGUUUUGACUCGCAUUUUUCAACAUGGACGCACCGAGACAAUCAGAACACUUAGCAGCGACAGUCGCAACUUUGUGUUAGCGAUGGCGGACACUUCUUCCUCUUCGACUAUGCGUCAAGCCCUGCUUCGUCGUGCCGUUCAAACACACACGGCUCUCACUCGUGAGGCGGCGACGGGUCGUGGUAUAGACAGGCAUCUCCUUGGCUUGCAUCUGGUGUUGGACCAAACUAAAGGCGAAAAAUGCGAGUUAUUUGAUGACGAACUCUUUCAACGAAGCCAGACUUGGAAAUUGAGCACUAGUGGUUUGAGUGCCGGGCAUCAGUUCCGUGGUACUGGGUUCGGUGCGCCAUAUGAGGACGGUUACGGUAUCAACUAUCUAAUAGGGCCGGGUAUGGUCAAGUUUUGCGUAGAGUCGAAGUACUCGAGCCCUGUCACAUCGACUGCUGGGUUUAAGAAAGUAAUUAUUGAUUCAUUGCGUGAUAUGAGAACUGUAUGUUCCGUUGCCCUAGAGCAUCCUUUUAGCACUGCUCUCUUGUAA